AUGAACGGAUUUUUUCUUCUUCUACUUCUAACAAUUAUCACAAGUCAGACACAAGGUCAACCGUGUACACUUCAAUUUCUCCCUGCACUUCAAAUAAUCACUAUGUCUGAAGACACUCAACCGGGAGAUCUUGUUGUACGUUUACAAAUUACUGGCACAGCAUCCGAAAUCUCCACUCGACUUGUUUACAAUAGUUCAGAAGUAAAAACAAAUGGAACUGAAUAUUUCACUUUAAAUUUCACUAAUCUCUAUUUACGCUAUCCACUGGAUUACGAAUGGUGGUCGGCGAAUAAUUAUCCGAAUCCCUUUCGUUUCAUCGUGGAAUGUACAAUUCUAGCCGAUCAAACGCGUCGUAAUAUCGAUUUUCAACUGGAUCUGGUUGAUGCCAAUGAUAAUCCGCCACGAUUCAAUCAAUCUGUGUAUCAAAUCAAUAUUCUUGAAUCUACACCUGUUAAUACCAUUGUAUCAACAGCCGUUUCGGCGUAUGAUAUAGAUUCAGGCAUAUACGGCAUGUUUUCAUAUUAUCUCUCGAAUAGUUCAUCACCGUACUAUACUUAUUUUCAAUUAUUGAGCACGACAAAUGCCAGUUUAAUGCUCGUCAAAGCGCUAGAUUAUAAUUCUAUGAAUCCAAAUUUUAAUUUAACAAUUAUCGCACAAGAUAUCGCAAAUUCUUCACUUUCAUCGCAAGCAACUCUCGCUAUCCAUAUCAUUGAUGUUGAUAACUUAAAUCCUGCUUUUCUUUCCUCAAACUACAAUCUCAAUAUAUCUAUCAAUACGUCAGCUGGCUCAGAAGUCAUACCUACUCAAGGUCGAAUAUUUGCAUACGAUCAAGAUUUAGGCAUUAACGCAACGAUUAUUUAUUCCAUAUUGACAUCAAAUGUUUAUUUUACCAUUAAUAAUCUGACUGGUGUCGUUACUCUUCAACGUGAAUUCAAUUCUACAAUGCAGUUUGAUCUAUUAGUUAAAGCUGAACAAGCCGAUAAUCCGAAUCGGUUCGCAACAACGAUAUUACGUGUGAAUGUCUAUGAGAUUAAUCUCUAUCCUCCAAAUUUUCUCAACACUCCCUACACUAUGUUUGGAUACUCAACGAAUAAUAUUGAUCAGAUACCAGUCUUUAACGGAAGUGUUCAAGAUAACGACGCAUUUCCAAGAUUGAGCUAUGGAUACAGCUGUGAUAAUAGCCUACUUUAUUUAAAUAUAAAAAAAACUAGUCUUCGUGAUUUUCAAAUUCGACCGAUUUACUUUCAAACACUUCCCGUAUGUCAACCAUGUCGAUGUUCAUUGAAUGUUACCGAUGGACUUUAUUCGAGUCAAACUAAUCUCACUGUUAAUCUGUACACUCCGAUUUCCUUUGUAUUCAACUCUUAUGUAUUCUCAGUUAAUUAUCCGCUUAGUACUUCGAAUAAUAACAUUGGUCAAAUUUUGAUUAACUCUGAUGCUCGUUGUUCAGUGCAAUACUCUCUUGUUGGCCAAUCGAGUUCUUUAUUUUCCAUCUUCUCAACUGGUAACAUCACGUGGACAAAUCCAUCAUCUACACCAACACAAGAAGUUUACCAAAUGACUGUUUACGUUCAACAGAACUGUUCGCAAUUAACGUCGAAUAUUUCGACCGAUGUUAUCGUAACCAUCAGUGAUCUUCCAUCUUCGAAUUCUUCUGCGACUACAGCAGCAGCAGCAUCGUCAUCAUCUCGAUUGGAUAACGGUACAAUCUAUGCUAUUAUUGCAAGCGUUGGUGCAUUUAUUUUAAUCGUCAUUGCCAUCCUAUUUAUUAUUAUUUAUUAUAAUGUUCAACGUGCCAAACAGCGUGUACCACCAUUCUUCAAAAUCCGAAAACAAUCUCCAGCUCAAGGUUUAACAUUUUUCAAAUCGAAAAGUCCGUUGACUGACUCGUCACCAUAUACAUUGGGUGUUCGCGAUGACGAUUCAUCGAAUAGUAGCACCGAUCAAACAUCUUCAUCGCCAUUGAAUAAUCGCCUUCUCUCCGGACGUUACAAAGUAAAUGAAUUACCAGUCAAUACAACGAUCGAAGAACUGCUAUCAUCUUACGAUAAUCGUUCAACAAGUAGCUCAUCGAGUUCAUCAGGUGUGGCCGAUCAUGUGAUGACCACAAACACAGGUUCAUUUCGGACGGUUGUACGUGAGACAAACGAUCAUCAACAAUUAGAUACAAUUAACGAAGAUAGACAAUGGAUGAAUAGUAAUCCUGAACAACGCCGUUCGAGUAGUUUACGACAUCAGAUCAUUCCGGACGACGCAAUGGAUAUCAUCUCUGAAUCUCACGAGUCAUCAAUCAGUGGCACAGGUACCGACCUUGGACUAUCACCAUCAACGAUAUUACAGCAGCAGCCCAACUCGAGAAAUGUUCUCAGUCGAAAUUUAAAUGAAUAUUUGACAGUAUUUGUGUGA